AUGAGCUCACCUCCUCGGUACCAGAUCCCUCAGCCGCACAGCACGGCCCUGCAGAGGCUUGGGCAGACACAGCUGCGCUUUCUUUCAAGCCAUCUAGAACAGGAGUUUGUACUGAUAGCGUUAGCAGAUAGCUGGCCUCUGAACUCUGGCUGGUGCAGAUAUACCUGCUCUGACAUCAAGCCGACCAGUACAAAAGCUUUUAAAAAGAAAUUUGAAUUAGAAGAGAGCUUGUACCGGAUCAGCCUGUGCAGCAUGUUGCUGCCGCAUCUUAAAGCUGAGUUUCAGAGACAAACGUCCUGUUUGUUGGACUGCGGCACAAACCAAGCCACCCUAGUAGAGCAAGUAAAACGAGUAAAAGAAAUUGAAGCUAUUGAAAGUGACUCCUUUGUUCCACAGACAUUCAGAUCAAGUAAAGAAGUCAAAAAGUCAAUAGAGCCUACGGAACUGCAGUACGAACCUGUAACUAUCGGAGUGGGAACCGUUGAUGCAUCUGCUCCUGAAAAAGAACCACCACCUGCCAAUAUCCCUACUGCCAUCAAAUAUCAAGAUGAUAAUUCUUUAGCACAUCCAAAUCUGUUCAUCGAGAAGGCAGAAGCAGAAGAGAAGUGGUUUCAGAGGCUGAUUGCUCUUCGGCAAGAACGGCUGAUGGGCAGUCCGGUGGCCUGAGCGAACUGCUGUGACCAUCACGUACCAGUUCUCCACGAAUGCUAAGAAAUCCUACCAUUAAAUUGUUUUAUUUUUCUCUUUUGAGGGGAUUUUAAUACUCAGUAUGAGUUGUACAGAGAAUAAAUAUUUCAUCUGAAUAAACGAGAAUGUUCUAUCCUCCGUUUUUCUCCCAAACUCAUUGCUGGGGACUUGUAUCGCUGAACUACCCGUGGUAGAUGGGAAGGCUAUCAGAGCAGUGUAAUUUCCUUUUUUUGUACUGAAUUCCUCUGGGGUGCAAAAAACCUGACAGCCCAAGGAGACGUAAUUUUAUACCUCCGAAUCAAAAAAAUAUAUAUAACCAUGUAGCAGUUUAAAGAUAAAUGAAAAAAUAAGACUGUC